AUGGUUAUGGUGGCGGUGGUCCUGGUGACGAUGGCACUGGACGACGCCGCAGCGGGUUCCCUGGUGAUGACCGCGGCUUUACACCGGGCUACCCUGGCGGUGGUGGUGGCGGUGGUGGUCCUGGCGAUGGUGGUCCCCCUGUCGACCCGGCGACAGGCUCUGGCGGACGCCCGGAAGUAUGCCCCCAAGCUGGACAGUGUCAACCGACCCAUCGCCUUGGAACACUUCUUGGCCAAGUUCGACGCGAUCCUGGACGACUAUGGGAUCACGGAACGACAGCUUGUCAGUAUCUUUGACGACAGGCUGUCCCAAUCGGGGGUACCAUCGGUGGAAGACUGGAAGGAGUUCAUCCACAAGACCGAAAGCCGGAAGAUGUCCGAGAUCACUGAGAACUCCCGUCGUAUGAAAACCGAGACAGUCCGGGAAUAUGCGUGGCGUAUCGCCGACGCCGCCCGGGACGCUGGACUUCAGGCCGACAAGGCUGUGAUCAUGAUGAUCAACGGCUGCGAUGACAUCCACGUGUCGAACUGUCUCCGCGGUGCUGCCGCUCGACCUGCAUCGAUCGAGGCCGGUCUGGAGUACUUGCAGGAUCGCGAUGUCGACUUGGACAUACGCCAGGAUGGAACACACGUUCCGUCUCGUCCCUCUGGUGCAACUUCUGCCCCUGGAACGCCCUCCCGGAGUGCUCGAGCGGCAUCCAGGACCGCGGCGCCGACCCACGAGCUCCAGGAGAUGAAGGCUACCUUGUCACAGAUUCGCAAGGAGAUGUCAACGAUGGCCGCUCAACAGGAUUCGCGCCAGAACGACCGGUUCUCGACCCUGCACGACGUGGUGGCCCAAAUUGCAGUCGCUCCUGACCAACCUAUGCACCGUCCUAGCGUCCCCGGUGGUAACACUCCUGUUGUGCCGAAUAUCAGUUCCGACCCGGAUGUCGAAACCAAGACGGAUUCGGUCGUGUGUGGACGUUGCAAGGUCCUGGGUCACCCCAGGGACACGUGCCCACGGACGGCGUACUUCUGUACGACCUGCCGCACCCGGGGGCACCACCCGGCUGAAUGUGGUCUCAAGCACAAUGGUGGAUCCAACGCUCCAGGACGGGGACGGCCCCAAGGUGGCCGACCAAAGGGGCCCAACUCAGCCUGCUACUCGUGCGGGAAGCUAGGACACUUCUCCUGGGGAUGCCCUUUGAAUGCGAAGAAGCUAGGCUCGAUGCCUCCUCAAGCGGUCGCUGCCCUCCAAGCUUGGUUCGGGGACGAAUGCUCGGGAAACAACGUCCAGGACGCCACCACGGGUGCCCAGUGA